AUGGGAGGGGAUGGUGAAACAGCAACAGACAGUAGCGGUCAGUCGAAUACUGAACAAACGGAGCCAAUGUUACCAGUAGGUUUUUUGAAAAUUGUUGAGAACUAAACAAUUUUCACUCACAAUCAGACGGCCAGCGAGACAACUGCGUGGAGGUCCAUUUACAUCGGAGGAUCGUGUGCAUUCAUUCAAGCGACCCAAUUCGCCAUCUUCUUCGCUUCCAUGUGGCCUUAUAUUUUGACAGUAAGACUAGUCAACAUCAUACUCGCAAAAUCUCAGUCAAAAUCCGUCAGCCCGGCAGUAAUUCAAAAAAUUUCAAUCAUUUUCAGAAAGGUCAAAAUUUUUCAAUGAUUUUAAGUUCUAAUAACGUUUCUCUUUGAAUAUGAGUAAUCAAACACUUCUAAGAGUGAGUUUAGGAUAGUUGGAAUCAGAAAAAUAAAGUUUCAGUUCAAAUUUUCGGCAUUCCAAUUAUCAUUUUCAGUUGAAGCCUGAUGUCAAGCAAAGCAGUUUUGGAAUAGUCGUGGCACUCUACAGCUUUUCGCAAUGCAUCUGCUCUCCAGUUUUCGGAUACUGGAGCAAUAGAAUCGGUCAAGUGAGACUUCCGCUCAUUGUUGGAUUCAUUAUUAUGGCUUGUGGAAACUUGACAUAUUUGAGUUUACAAUACUGGUCGGACCAUCAUUUGUACGUAAUGAUGGCUGCUAGACUGAUCGCUGGAGCAGGAACAGGUAAGAAAAUCAAGGUAGUAAACGGAGUUCAGAAUUAGGUAAUAUUUAGGAAACAUGAGUUUACUGCGUGCCUAUGCUUCUACAGCAUCUACAUCAAAAGACAGGUCAAGAGCGAUUGCUUGUGUUUCCGGAGGUAUUGCAAUCGGAAGUAUGAUUGGCCCGGGCCUUCAGCUCCUUUUCUCUCCACUCGGAGCAGAAGGGUUCACAAUUUGUGGACUAACAAUCAGUAUUUAUACCUCACCUGCCCUGUUUUGUCUGUUUCUCAAUGGACUGGGCCUACUGAUUGUUCAGUUUGCAUUCGAAGAAAAGUACAUAAUAGCGAUGGAGAAGAAUGUGGAAAAGGGGAACGAAAACGAUGAAAAGAAGGUGUGUUGGGAUAGGAUUUCCAAGAGUAAUUUGUUUGACAGAUCAGUGUGCAACAUGAAAACACAAAAGAGAGUAGAAAAGAGAGAAAGACGGAGAGUAGGAGGUCCUGGGGUAUGGCGAAAUCGCUGGUGGAAAAAGGCGCCGGGACUUAUUUCGCAAUUCCAUUUCAUGUUAUUCAGGGCAAAGUAUCAUCAAAGCUGGCCAAUCCGGAUAUUAUUGCCCUGUUGGUAUGCGUCUUUACUCGUUUCUCACAGAUUUUUUUGAAUACUACAAUUGAAAGGUGUGCGGCUGUUUGAAACGAGAUUAGGUCAAUCCAAUUAUUGCAGUAUUGGAUCCGCUUACACAAUGAUGAUGUUUUCGUUCGAAAAAGAAGAGGCAGUCACCGCAAAUGCGGGAAUUCACACAGUUUCUGGAGCUAUUGCCGCUUCAAUGUACAUUUGUUUCAUUUUUACUGGAGUUAGAAAAUAGUAAGAGAAAAAUUCGCCUGAAAUAUGAAAUAUCUACAAAUUCCAUAACUUUAGCAUCAAAAACCGAGUGUUCACAGUGAUUUCUCUUGUGAUCCCACUCAUCUGGAUGUUCGGAACGUACCCCUACAGUUUCUACAGCGACAAUGUAAAGUUAAUGGUUAACGGUCAGUUUGAAAACUUUAAAAUGAAAUGUCAAUUCAAAACUAUGUUUCCAGGAAGUCAUGCUGAUUGUGACAUUGAAAAAUACGCGUGGUGUGCUGACUUACCAACCAUUCCAGCAUGGGUAAGCGCUUGGGAGCUAACCGGUUGGUUUCAGAUUUUUUAGUUUCAGAUAUAUUUUGGCGGUUUUGUUUUGGUCUUCGGAGUUUCGUUUUCCUUCAUGAAUAUCACAGUGACCACUUUAUUUUCCAAAGUUGUCGGACCACGACCUCAGGUGAGAUUGUCCGGAUUUGACAAAAGAGUAGGUAUUUUGUUUUCAGGGAACUUACCAGGGAGUGUAUCAAAUGGCAGGAUCAUUCGGCAGAAUGAUUGCCCCACUUCUGAUGAGCACCACGUACACCAUGUUCGGACCAACGUUGCCUUGGCAGAUUCUCAUUGUAAACGUAAGUUUGUUAGAUCGCUUGAGAAACUUUCAAUUGACACCACUUUAUUCCAGUUCAUCGUCAUCAUCGCUGCUUGGCUGAUCUUACGAGAAAGAAUGGUGCCGUUCGAAAAGUAUGAAGCAAAACGGGUGGAACCUUCCGAUUAG